GAACAAUGGAAUGAAACUUUACAACUAUCGUAGGGGUGCACAAAGUUAUUGGCAAAUAAAGUGGGAAAAAAUAAGUGGAAGGCCUACAUUUCGUCACCUUCUCAGCAGCUCGGAGAAUAUGUAUAACCAGUUGCGGGUUUGUUUGUUUUUUUAGUUUUAAAGGUGUUUACUGAUGUUUCGGCCAGUGUUUACAAAAUGAGCAUCAAGAUAUACUUGCCCAUCGAUUACUUUAGCCUCAAAGAACCAACUAAUUUGUAUGGACAAGUGCAAAUAAACGAGGACAAUGUAGUCGUAUACUAUGUCGUGGAUGCUAUCGACUUCGACUUCAAUUCCACAUCGAUGGAGCAUGGUACAAUCAGCAAUUUGCGUUUCCUCGGCUCUAUCCUGGCCAGUGAUACCUGCGCAGAACAGCAGAACAUCUACCACCAGCUCGAUAUGCGCAUAUGCUUCACAUACGACAGAAAGGAGCCAAACAUUUCAUUGCGAUACAUAGGAAUCACCCCAGAACACCUCAAACAAAUAAAAAUAAUUCUAUAUAACAAGAAAAUAGUGCAAGAUUUGUUUGUCAACAAUGAGGACACACUGGAACAGCCAUCGGAAAGUUGUGACAGCAGCAAUUGCGAUUUCCUGGAACUCUUUCGCUUGGUCCAGCGAGAAGUUGAGCCUGAGAAGCCCCAAAAUAGGGCACUCAAGAGUGGCCUUCACCUGUUACAUCUUGUAGCCGACGCCCCCAUACAACUGUUUAAGUAUACAGCGGAAAAUGUUUUCAUUAACAACAUAAUGGUGCACACGACUGUCUAUAAGCACUUUAAAGAAUGGCAAUCAAUCUGUGAUCAAGGUUCUAGGAAGACAAAUGUUGCUUUAGAUCGAAUAUUGGGUAUACUUUUGAUGGUGAUAAUGUUUUCAUUAGUUACGCCACCAGGCGAUUUUCUUAUACAAAUAUCCCAUGGCAUUAUAAACCAGCUAUACAGCCUGUUGAAUGUUUUGGAAGGCAGCCCUAUUGGUCUCAAAUUGAAUAUACAUUUAAAUAAUUUCUUCCUCGAUUGUUUCAAAUAUCACAUUCAGUUGUGGUCCAUGUUUUUGGAUUUGAUUGAACCAAUAGUACGACAGGUUUUCCUAGCCAUUGGAGUAUUUGGAUUCUUGGGCUUAACAUUCCAGAUAGCCUUACUUGCAGAUUUAAUAUCAAUCGUUGCACUGCAUUCGCAUUGUUUUCACAUUUACACCAAGGUUCUGUAUAAGGUGGAAAAGAAAGGUUUAUCCGUACUUUGGCAAGUGGUUCGUGGUAACCGAUUUAAUAUUUUGAAAGGCCGUAUUGAAGCUCAGAAUUAUAUGGAUCGACAGCUAUACCUUGCCACAAUAUUCUUCUCAGCGAUUUUAUUUUUAUUUCCCACUACAUUUGUGUACUAUGUGGUUUUUGCCGCUUUAAAGUCGCUUACACACGCCACUCUGGGGAUUUUUGAGUUUUUUCGCCGAAAACUUUUGUUUUUCCCAUUGGAAGUGUGCCUUAAAUGGUUACGAAAGGAACUACACGAAAUUGACUGUCUUAAAAUCGAGGAUGCUGCACUCCCCACACAGAAAUUUCUGAUGCAUAAACAUCAAAAAAUAGAUGUUGCUGUAUAUAAAAUUCGAGUGUGAAACCUAGAAUACAAAUUAUGUACUCGCAUGUAUGUAGAAUUUUACCAUCAACUUAAGUCUUAUUUUAUCUGAUUAUACACCUAUUAUAUGCUUCAAACGAAAUCAAUUAUUCAAUUUGAACAGCACUAAAGCGUAGAAAAUGCAUUUAUUUUCCAUUCCCUACGCUAGACAUAUGUCGAAAACUAUAAUUGCAUUUAAUAGUAGCUAAACGUAUCUUGUAUUUCAAUAGAAAUAUGCACAUUUUCAUAUUUGUGUUGAUUGUUUUAGUAUUAUACUUUCACUAUUUCAAAUUAGCACUAGGAUCUAGUGAAAAGCAUAAAUCUUCGAUAGUUAGUGAAUAUGUGAGUAAAACUAUAGCCCAGAUGAGGAAAAAACCAUUUCAAUUUGUUACUGCGACUGAUGUAAAAUAAAUGUUUGAUGGAAUAUGG